UUAUUCUCUCUCUCUUUUUUUCUUUUUCAUUGUUGGUUAAAGAAAUUUUAUUAAAUUCUGUGUCUAUAGAUGGGAACGCCCUUGCCUGUCCUGUCCUCCUGCGUGUGAACUGUUACUCCCCCUCUCCCUCUCCUUUUUAUUCUUCUGGGUUAAUUCUUCAAGUUUUAAUCUUGGACAUGGUCUUUUGUCUACCUCACAUCCCCCACCUUUCCCUCACCCAUUACUCGGUGGGUUUUGUUAUCUCCCACUUUCAUUCCGUGGGAGGUUCUCAAACUUAAAGCUUUCUUCUCCCUCACUUCCGUUUAGGGAUUACUUCCUUGGGUUUUCAUCCGAGAUCCUUCUUCAUAGAUCCGGCCAUCUUUUUCCCUUUACAAAUUUAAAAUUUCAAAUUUCCAUCUCUCUGAUUCAGUCAAGUGUACGUGACUUGGUUUAUGGUCUACAAAACUUUGUUGACUUGGCUCUUAUUUGAUAGGGGAUUUUACAUUUUCUCUAAUGCAAGGGCAAAGGAGUAGUGUCGGUUCAUUGUCAGAAACAAUAAAUUUUGAACAUGGAUCUUCAUCAAAUAAUCCUGGUAACCAACCAGUUUACUGGAAUAACAUGUGGAAUCCAGCAGAAAACCGUAUACCAGAUUAUUUAUUGCCUACUUCUGAUGUAAAUUCUGGAUAUGUAAGCUCUGUAAGCCAUGAACAACGAAGUUUGAGCAGAUGGAGCUUGGGUGAACCUAGCUCUUGUGAUAUGCAAACUGAUGUGCUGCCUGAUGGGCAGAAAGCUGAGCUUGGAUGGUCUUCAGUGACUCGUGAUGCAGAUGGUCCCUUCACCGAAAACCAACUCUGUGAGCCAUCAAAUAAUCCUUCACUGGGUCAUGUGAAUUUGAGCCCACUGAUUAUACAAAAUUCUAAUUCUAAUAGUAUUCCUCAUACUCUGAAUUUAAAUGCAAGUUUUGCUAGUCAUGGAGGUGACAGUAGCAGAGUUAACGAAGGUACUGACGUGUAUAAAUCUAGUGGAUCAGAAGAAGGGGGGAUUUUAUGUUCCAGUGCAUCUGAUCCUCUUUUACUUCCUUCUGGAAGUAGUGGACUUCCAAUGCUUGCAAAUGAUGGUAGAGCAGGCUCUUCCUUGGAAGGUCGUCGUGCACCCUGCAAAAGAAAAUCUAUUGAAGGAAAUGUUGCACAGUCCUCUUUAAGCGGAAGCAGUAGCUACUCUCAGCAUAUUGAAAGGGGUGCUGAGCCCCCUCUUCCAGCAUUACCUGGUCGCUACAACACAGGAAGUAGGUUAAGCAUACCUGCUCCACUAGCACGAAUGAAUCAAGCCCCUAUACGAGGUACAGGUGAAUUGAUGUCCAACAGCUUCUCUGAGUCGAUUGUUGUGGAAAACUCAGACAGUUCUCAAAGAAACUAUCGUAUACGGAUUAGUUCAUCAAAUGCACAAGAUUCUUUUGCAUCGGUAGGAACUGUUGUUAGGCAUCCUGGGGCCCCAUCUUCCCAGCCGCCAGCAAGACUUCUACCUGCUGAGCAUGUAUUAGACUUGAGGCCAGCAGCAGCUGUAGACAAUUUAUCUACUCAAGGUCAGCCUAUUAUGAUACACGUGCCUGCUUUAUCUCGAAGUCUGCAGCCAUAUAGGUGGAUUAGAAGUUCUACUUCAAGAAGUGGUAAUUCAUCAAGCUCUGCAGGAGAGAGGCAGGUGGUGCAACGUGAGGAGGUGAGACCAAACAACAUGGGAAGAAACGUAUCUGAACAUCCUAUGUUUGUCCCAGGAAAUGAGCUGAGGAAUAUGGUUCAAAAUCAAUCAAGUAGAGGUUUAACAUCUUCGAGCUUGCCCAUUCCUGGAAAUGUUGCUUCUACAUCCAGGGUUGGUUCAAUUUCAGGGGUCCAUCCCUCUUCUGGACCUUGGAUUCCUCCUGAAAGUUCUCCGACACAGUUUCCCAGGAGGUUAACAGAAUAUGUUCGUAGGCAGCUAUUUUCUUCUGCAACAAAUGAGUCUGGGGGAAGGAUAAAUAAUUAUUCACAGCGAUCAGGUUCUACUUUGGCUCAGGAUAUGGUUCUUUCAUCUGGAUCUGAUCGCCGGGGGAACCAUUUAUUGCAACCGAGGUCUGCAUUAUGGAUGGAAAGAAGAGGUGACAGUGGACUUGGUCUUCCCUAUUCAUUACGAACCUUGGCUACUUCUAAUGAAGGAAGUGACAACAAUAGACUUGUAUCUGAGCAGAUUCGCAAUGUCUUGGGCCUUGUUCGCAGGGGUGAAAGCUUACGAGUUGAGGAUGUGAUGAUCCUGGACCAGUCACUAUUUUUUGGGAUGGCUGAUAUGUAUGAUAGGCACAGGGAUAUGCGUCUGGACGUUGAUAACAUGUCAUAUGAGGAAUUGUUGGCAUUGGAAGAGCGUAUCGGAAAUGUCAACACAGGACUAAGUGAGGAGACGAUAGUUGGUCGACUGAAACAAAAGAAGCAUGUGAAUGCUGUUGAAUCACAGGUGGAGGAAGAACCAUGCUGUGUUUGUCAGGAGGAAUACGUCGAAGGAGACGACAUGGGAACACUGGAAUGCGGGCACAAUUUCCACACGGAUUGCAUUAAGCAGUGGUUGAUGCAGAAGAAUCUGUGUCCCAUCUGCAAAACAACUGGCAUAGCAAGCCGAGAAUGAUGCAGCAGCUGCUGCUGCUGCUUGCUGAUGCUGAAAAGGAGUGGAAAGAAGCAAGCAAGUGCAAAUCAAACGAGGGGGGACGAAAUGCCAUGGUGUUGCUUGCCAAAUCUCUGCCUUCACCUCUGGUCGCAAAAAAUGAAGAGGAGCCAGCCAGCCACAUUCAAGUCGCUCUAUAUACAUUUCUACAAGUAGUAAAAUUAAGCAAUCAUUUUUUUCUUUGGUUUUAUUCUGGAAGAACAAAAAUUCAAGGGUUGUAAUUGGCAAGGAAUUGUUUGUUAGCUUCUCAAGGUGUUAUGGAUGGUGGUUGGUCAAACUAAUUAAUGUUUACUCCCAUUGACAUUACAGAUUGUUGGCCCUUAAUAUAUCUCAUCAUCGGAUUUCCCCA